UUUCCUUUGCAGAAUGCAUUACAACAGGCAACCUUGGGGCUUACAACACAACUAAUAAAGAUGCUGGCCUCGGGUUGCUUUCUCGUUUUCCUUGUCUCGUUCUGUUCAUUUUCAUCAUCUUUUGCAUUGACUGAUGCUGAGGCGGCUUUUAUUGCUCGUCGCCAGCUUUUAGGUGACAAUGAGGAACUUUCGAAUACAUUGGAGGAGAUGACCGUUAACUUGAAAUUCGAGAAUGACAGGUUGAAAAAAGCUUAUAUUGGUCUGCAGGCAUGGAAGAAAGCUGUUUACUCCGAUCCAUUUAAGUUCACAGCUAACUGGGAAGGUGCUGAUGUCUGUGCCUAUAAGGGUGUCUUUUGUGACCAAGCUCUUGAUGAUCCCACGAUCACUGUUGUCGCCGGGAUUGAUCUCAACCAUGCAGACAUAGCUGGCCACCUUCCAGUGGAAAUUGGCCACUUGGUUGAUGUUAGUCUCAUCCACCUUAAUUCAAAUCGGUUCUGUGGAAUCAUUCCUAGGAGCAUUAAAAAUCUUUUGCUUUUGGAUGAGGCUGAUUUCAGCAACAAUCGUUUCGUGGGGCAAUUCCCUGAUGUUUUGCUUGAGUUGCCUAAACUCAAGUACCUUGAUCUUAGGUUCAACAACUUUGAAGGUCAAGUGCCUUCUGGGCUAUUUGAUAAGAAUCUUGAUGCAAUAUUUCUCAAUGAUAACCGAUUCCACUCCAUUAUCCCUGAAAACUUUGGCAAUUCCAAUGCUUCAGUGGUGGUAUUGGCGAAUAACAGAUUCUAUGGUUGCAUCCCAAAAAGUAUUGGUAAAAUGGGCAACACAUUAGAUGAGCUCAUAGUCACCAACAAUGAACUCUCUGGUUGUUUGCCUGAAGAAAUUUCCAAGCUCGUGAGCCUAACAGUGUUUGAUUUUGGCAGAAAUAAGUUUGCUGGAUCCUUACCUAAGGAUUUAAAAUCCAUGCAGAAAGUCGAAAUCUUUGACAUUGCAUCAAACAGCUUCAUGGGAAAUGUUCCAAAGAACCUUUGUACCUUGCCCAAAUUGGACAAUUUCACAUUCUCAAAGAACUACUUCGAGAGCAUGGAUGAAACGUGUAAGACAUCACACUCCAAUCAUGUUGUGAUAAAUGGCAAGGAGAAUUGUAUUGUGGGGAGAUCAGACCAGAAGACACAGAAGGAGUGUUUCCCUGUUCUGAGCAAGCCUGUUGAUUGCAGUAAAGGACUUUGCGGAGUUUCAAGGGAAGGACUGAGUCCAAAAGACCCUGAAACACCUACAAGUUCUCCACCAUCAAAGCCAUCAACACCAACGAGUCCACAACCAAAGCCAUCUCCACCAUCAACAGUCGCGUCACCACCACCUCUAAAGGCGUCACCACCACCACAAGUGGCCUCACCUCCACCUCUAGUCCACUCACCACCACCACCAGUGGCCUCACCUCCACCUCCAGUGGCGUGCAGCCCUUUCUGGGUCCUGCAUAGAUAUGAGAUGCAACCGAUUCUCGAUUCUGCAUCAAUGUGA